AUGUCAAGCAAAACUAAGUCCUCAUCCUCAGUUCAAUCCGAGGGUGAAAGGCCACCCUUUGGGUGUCGACUAUUAACCUCAGACGCCGAUGUGUGGAGUCAAUCCGCGUGGGAUCAUGUUCCACCGCCAAAUGACCAAGAUGAUAUUAUCUCAGCUGCUCUUGAACGGCAGAGAACAAAGCCAGUGCCGCCUAACAAGAAAGCACGCUAUAACUCCAGUCCACGAUGGUUCUGGGAUCAGUUCUAUAAAAAUAACAAAGAUAACUUCUUUCGUGAUCGAAAAUGGCUUCACCUUGAAUUUCCAGAUUUGAUGAGAGCCGUCGAGCCUGAUGCCGGGCCUGUUACGGUUGUCGAGAUAGGAUGUGGUGCUGGGAACUCUGUGUUCCCUCUCUUAACAGCAAAUAGAAACCCUUACCUGCGUAUCUUUGCUUGCGAUUACGCUCCCGAAGCCAUUAAAAUCGUCAAGGACAAUCCACUGUAUGCGUCGCCAGCCAUCGGGACCAUUGCUGCGUCCGUCUGGGACCUCGCCUCCCUGGACUCUUUGCCAGAAGGCAUAGAGGAAGGCCAAGUUGAUAUGGCCAUCCUCAUCUUUGUUCUAUCCGCCUUGAGUCCGAAGGAAUGGCAUAGGGCUCUCCACAAUCUACAUCGAAUAUUGAAGCCUGGAGGGAAGGUGCUGCUUCGAGAUUACGGGCGACAUGAUCUUACGCAGUUGAGGUUUAGGGAGGAGCGACUACUUGAAGAGAAUUUCUACAUUCGGGGCGAUGGGACUCGAGUAUAUUUUUUUGAACUCGAUGAAUUGGCAGUGCUCUUUACGGGCCUGCCCGCGCCUAAGCACUUAACACAAGUUACUGAGUCUUCCGAACCAUCUAUGGGGGUCGAAGGGCAAUCAGAUAUUUAUCCCCCUCUGCCAGAUGUCCCUUCUCCAGAUGCCAGCCGAGGUUCGCUCCAAUCGGCAAUAUUUGGCCAGGCAUCGGGAUCAGGAGAGGUUGUAGUUGACCAGCUACAAGAUGAAGCCACAAACAUCGAUCGUAGCGCUGACAUUCUUAUAUCUUCCUGUCAAGAUUGUGACAAUUCUUUACCAUCACAACCGCUAUUCUCAAUCAAACAGCUUGGAGUGGAUCGUCGAUUAUUAGUUAAUCGAAAGAGACAACUCAAAAUGUACCGCGUUUGGAUGCAAGCCCAGUUUGUGAAAGACUAGGUUAGUUACAUUGUACUCCCCGAAAGGGGUCUAUGAAGUCCGCACUGUAUGUAUAGCGUGCAAUGGAUUCUCAAGAUAUCAUCAUGGCAAAGCUCCAGUAUCGGGUGGCAGUUUCAGGCGAAUGUACUCAACCAGGUCUUGCGGUCCCUCGCAUUUCCUGAGUUUGUUGUAGUCAUACCAAGCCAGG